AUGCUGUUCGGCUCGCAGUACGACGAGGACGGCGCCACGGACCAGAGCGGCAGCCCCACGACGCCGCCGCAGUCCGCGCGCAAGAAGAGGAGCGGCGCCUCCGCCGCCUCCUCCUCGGCGCGCAAGGGCGGCAAGGCCCCCAGCAGUCACCGGGAGCGCGUGCGCCCCAGCAUGGCCGGCGCCGCCUCCGCCGUCAUCGCCGCGGGCGGCCAGAGCAGCCCCACGCAGUCGUUCGACUCGACCAACUCGUCGUCCUCCUCCAUGUCGUACCUGCUGGCCAACCAGCGCACGGGCAGCAACUUCAACUACGCGGGCUUCGACAACGGCAACGCUAAUAACGGCAUGACGGCCGUGAGCGCGCCCACGCUGCUGCCCAAGAUGCGCCGGCGCAGCUCCAAGAAGAAGGGCGAGCGCGGCCAGAAGAAGCACAAGCGGCCCGUGGACCGCCAGUGCAUGUACCCGAGCGUCUGGAAGCAGCUGCAGUUCCGCAAGAAGAUCGUGCAGCUCGCCACCAACCUGAGCGACAAGCCCAUCUGCGUCACGGGCGUGGACGGCUUCCUGGCCUCGUGGAUCGUGUGCGAGCUGCUGAACCGCGGCUACCACGUGCGCGGCACGGUGCAGAACGGCAAGGACGACAUUUCGGGCCUGCUGCAGCUGCCCAACGCCAACAAGAACUUCUCGGUCGUGGAGACGUCGCUUCUGACGCCCGAGGCAUGCGACAUGGCCGUCCAAGGCUGCGACUUUGUUAUUCACACAGGGACGCCCUCGUCAUGCUCGGUGCGGGACCCGCUGUCCGAGCAGCAGGAACCCGGGGUGCACAGUAUUGGCAGUCGCAUGCACUGCAUCAUCCCCAUGAUGACCAACUUCAUCCAGGCUUGUGCCCGCGCGCGGAUCAAGCGCGUCGUGCUGACCUCUUCCGUUGCAGCAAUGGCCGACUCGGUCACUCCGGAUUCGAUUAUUAACGACGCGUGCUGGAACGUGACGUCGUCGCUGGAGAAGAACCCGCAUUUUCUGAGCUUGAAGCUGGCCGAGGAGGCGGCUUGGCAGCUCGUGGAUCAGCUGCCGAGCGACCGACGAAUUGAUUUGGUCACGAUGAACCCGGGAACUCUGUUUGGGCCGAUGCUGUCCAAGUCGAAGCUUGCUCCUGGGAACCAAGUCAUAUACGAUCUGAUUACGGGUCAAUACUCGGCUUUGGUGGAUUUGAAUUGGAGUAUGAUCGACGUCCGAGACUGCGCGGUGGCGCACAUUGCGGCGUUGGAGAACAAUGAUGCUCGAGGUCGAUACAUCUGCGUCAACAGGAGCGUGUGGAUGAAGGAUAUGGUCGAUAUACUGUCCAAUAAUGGCUACAGUGGCCGCGAUUUGCCAUGGAAGGUGGGGCUACCGAGCUGGGUGGGGCGUCUGCCAGCCUACUCGGUUCAACUUGGUCAGGUGGGGGCGUCACUGUACGCGUAUGACCCCGCCUCUGUGCGAUCUUCACCCUACUUAGGCGAUAAACUCGUGGAGCACCUGAACGUUCGCUUCCGCUCUGUUGACUCAACUGUCGUUGAAUCCGCGAACGACUUGCUGAAGUGGGGGCUGAUCAAGCCAUGGGCUGAGGACCAUGAGGCGCUCGAGUGUGGGUGCUGCCACAACCCGUUCACGUUUUAUCGGAGAAAGCACCACUGUCGGGAAUGUGGUGUGAUUAUUUGCAACGACUGUUCGAUGUCUCGAGCGGUUGUAGAGGGAACGGAAGGGCGUGCGCGGUUGUGUGAUAAGUGUGUAAAGGGCUCCAUUCCAGAUCUGCUCGACCUCCUAAGGGAUGAAGACCCGGACAAGAAGCGAACAGCGGUGGUUGCGUUGGAGUCGUUGAUGGAGAAUCCUCUGAACCACGACUACGUUACUCGCUUCGGUGGAAUUCUGCUUCUGAUGGAUGCGAUCCACCAUCCCGAUGAAUCAAUAUCGUCACAUGCCGCGGGAGCGCUGUGCGCGUUAUCGUGCAGUGUGGCGAGCACACUUCAGAUGGUGCUGGAAGGAGCAGUCCUCCAAAUGCUGGAAGUUGAAGAGACGCUUAGCACGUGGGCCAUUUGCCUACAAGCACUUCGCAAUAUCUGGAAGCAGAUCAACCGACAGGAUUUCCGGCGGAUGCUUCACGCGGUUGCACGAGUAUCUGCUGACGCCAACAUCGGCGAGCUACGGGGUAACAUUUUGCUUACGUUCGUGCACAUGAUGGAUGCCGAAGAGGUGCCGACUCUUUUAUCAGAGGGUCUGCUUUCGGUACUCUAUCACAUGCUGCAGUCAACAUCGGAGUUCCCUCGAUGUGCUGCCGCGCACGCUAUAAAACAUUUGGUUCCGGCGGGGUAUGACCCGGAUGUGACGAUCGAGGUGCCGCCGUAUCUAGUGGACGACCACGAAGAGCUGUUCCUGAACUCGUCGCUGUCCGACCUGCAGUUUCUUGUGAAGGGCCAUAUCGCCCCGAUCAACGCCCACAAGGUCGUCCUCUUCUUCCGCAACUCGUACUUCAAGAACAUGGUGAGAGUGAGUAUCUUUGGUUCAGCUACCAGCCAGACAGCAGUGAUUGAAGUCGACAACUGCAGUUAUGAAGUAUUUUCCAUCCUGCUUCGGUUCUUGUACACUGGCAAAGUGGACAUUACCCCAGAUGUGGCUGAAGAAUUGCUGCGCGCGUCGUCGUUCUAUUGCGUGUACGAGCUGCAGAAGCGUACGGAGGCCUUCCUGAGCGGACAGAUUUGUGUCGAGAACGUCGUGGACCUGCUGACUCUAUCGGAAGAGUGCAACGCUGACGACCUGAAGAAGAACUGCGUGCCAUUCUUGAUGCGGCACAUCCACGAGGUCGUGCGUCUGCCUGCGUUCGAGGAGCACCGCGUGCGCUCGAGCGAGGAGGUGCUGAAGGCGCUGACGAACAUGCUGGGUCCGGAGUGGGAAGCCAGCUACGCCAAGUUCAAGAAGUCCAUCGGGAUCAAGGACAAGGAGGAGGAAGAGGAGCCCGCCGAGGCCGAGAAGACGGACGAGGAGGAGGAGCAGCUGCCCAUGCAUCAAGUGAACGAGAUCCAGGAGGCGCCGCUGUCCCCUCGCUUCCUGCUGUCGCCCGUGCCGCCUCCCAGCUACUCAAACCACUCGGCGUUCGCGACGGAGUCUCCGCGGCUGAACACCGUGGGCGAGGACAAAUCGACCGAGGGGUUCCACUUCAUGAAGACCUUCGGCAACGAGGACGUGCUCUUCCGGCGUUCUCGCAACUUCUCGGAGGACUUUUCGGAGGGGUUAUCCGAAGGCGUGUGCUAG